UGCAACUGGGCGGUUGAGCUUCACCUGCCACAUCGGGUGUUCCGCCAGUUUGGUUUGUUCCAGCCACACCCGCCGGAGUGGGAGGACACGGACAAGUUGCUACACGCGUUGGAUAGGAAAAAGCAGCGGAAGAUUAAGGAUUGGGCCAAGCAUCACAGGAAGUAUGUCGUGCAGUUCGCUCUUAGUGUGGAGCAAGCAAGGGCUGGAAAACGAGCCCAGCUUCGUGAGCACUGCCCGAUCGCGUUCAACAACUAUCUCACAUGGUUUCUUGCAAGUACCCGCGUGGAGGUAUGCCAGCCGGCGUAUGCUGAGGAGAUUCUGGAAGAACCCACCGUUUUUGAUGAGGUAGCCCAGCACCAGUACAACGCAUUAGUCAGGAAAGGCAACUCAGUGAUCCCUUCAGCUCCAAUGAUGAACUUUGUGCGUGCCCAGAUCAAGAAAGCAGCUGAUGAGACCGAGACUAUUCUGGAAACAACCCCGGCUGGCAAAAGCGAUGGGGAAGGUGCACUUCGAGCAUUCAUUAAGCGUCAGGGCCAAAAGUUAAGGCGGCUAACAAACCUUUUCGGUUGUCGUGACCCCGAGUAUGUAUCACCAGAACGGUCUAGGUCGGCGACACCAUCAGAUCCCGCUUCGGGGCAGGGCCAUGGUGAACCUUUCGAGGAUGAGGACGUGGGUGUGGUCACCCAAAAGGUUGCUGAUGAUAUGACCGUGGGGAGGUACCAGGCUCGGUCUGCAUACGAGUUGAAGCCUAGGACGGGAAUCAACAAGUACACACCUGAAGACUUCACCCAAAGAGGCCAAAGAGGCAAAAGGACGGUCGGCACCUCGCGGAUGGCGGCUUUGGAUGACUAUGUAGAUGACGUGGACGAACCGGAGCCGGAGCCGGAGCGGGUUCCUCUUCCUAGGAAGGUGAAGAAGAUAAGCGUCAAGAGGGGGGGAGGAGCCAGCAAGCGUGGAAAGCACUAGUCAUCAUCAUUUUUUAUAAUGUUGAACUUAGAAUGGAAUUUGUUAUGUCGUUGAACUUGGAGUGGUCGUACCUAUUAGUAAUGUGGAAUUUGUUAUGUCGUUGAACUUGGAGUGGUGGUAGCUCUAUGUUAAACUUGAACUUAUUGUGAUGGUCCUUUCUAAGAAAUGAUGUCUGUGGUGAACCCUUUUUGAACCUUAAUGUUUA